UCCUGCUGCAGCGCACACAUCCCAGCUGUUUGCAAUGAUGAUGUUAUCGGUGCUCCCAGUGGUGCUGCUCUCAAUGCACGCCGUUCGAGUCCACAGCGUGGCCAUGACCUUUGAAAGCAGAGACCCCAUCACCGGGUCGCCAGUGAGCUGUGACCGCUGUCCCCCUGGGACAUACCUGCGAUCUCAGUGCUCGUCCGAGAGGAAGAGCGACUGCGCAAAGUGUCCGCACGGCUCCUUCACUGAGGUGUGGAACCACAUCGGGAGGUGCCUGCGCUGCGGAGUCUGCAGUCACAAUCAGGUGGUGAAGACCCCGUGCACAGCGGACAGAGACUGCCAGUGCCAGUGCAAACCGGGGUACUACUACAAGCCGCAGUACGAUAUGUGCCUCCCACACAGCGCGUGUCCAUCCGGACAAGGAGUGCGGGCCAAAGGUACACCUGAUGAGGACACCGUGUGCCAGAUUUGCUCUGACGGCACCUUCUCCGAGGUUUCCUCUGCUCAUCACAACUGCACAGAGCACAAGAGCUGCAGUGGUGCAGGACUGCAGUUGGCACUGAGGGGCUCCUCCUGGCACAAUAAUGUAUGUGCAAACUGCGAAGAUCUCAAAGAUGGUGCUGACUACCUCAGAGGAAUCCUCCCAGCUUUUUUUGUGCACCAUAACAUAAAUAUCAAGCGGCUGCGUCGAAUUGUGCACAAGCUCCCAUCUCAGGAUGGGAAGAGACAGGGAAGAAACACAGAGUUGAAUUCCUCAGAGCUUCACCAACAGCUCAACGCCUGGAUAGCAUCCGCGACAGCAGAGGAAAUUCGGAAGCUUCCAUCAGUACUGAUGAACGCUGGAGCAAGCGGCGCUGGUGAGAGGUUAGACCAAAAGCUGCAAAGAGUUGACAGUCAGCUGAAAACUGAGUGUAGAGGGAAUGAGGUGGAGAUGGUUGAUGCGCCAAAGUAGGUUGAGAUUAAAAGGAAAAAAAUAAAUAUAUAUCUUGCACAGGCACCAAAGAAUUUUCCUUGUGUAUUGUUCAUAUUAAAAUCUUUUUAUAUUAGAAAGUUGCUUCGUUAGUUUAAAUGCACUGAAGACAGGCUUUUGUUUUGUCAUUCUUUUUUGGACCAAUUAAAAAAAGUAACUUCACUUUAGUUACAAAAUGUUACAUUUUUUUAAAUCCUUUGUCAAUGAUGUGCUACUAAUAGUACAUUUAUGACUUAUUUGCUACUUCUAGGAUCUACUUGUGUCAGUUAUCACUUUAUAGGUUCCCAGCAAAGUGACAACGUUUCACCUGUGUUUCUAAACUAACAAGCACUGAAUUUAAAAACACCCAUUUUUAUUUCUGGAAGUGAAAACAGAAAUAUCCUCCAGACUUAAUAAAGAAAUGCUGGUAUUAACCUUUACAGGAAAAAAAAAUGGACCUACCUCUUUCUUUGUUGCAACGGUUCUGCUCAUUUCAAGGGUUUUAAAGUUUUAACAAUGUGUAACAGCUUGAUGUGUGAACUUUGUAAUUUAUUUUGCUAUUUAUAAGCCUGAGAUGAGUAGAAAGAGAAGAUGGUGUAGCCUGUUAGCCAUCUUUAUUUUUAUAUGUAAAGAAUGAGUUCAGUUUAUUUUGAGCUGUUUUGGCUAUGCUAGUCUACCUGAAGCUUUGUGUAA